AUGGAGCAGCGCGGCCCGGCGCCCGCCGGGCUGGUCACCACCAGGCAAAUUCAGAAUACACACACGGGGCUGGAUUUGUCAGUGCCGGAAUACCAGGAAAUCCGUGGGAAGAUGAUGUCUGGCCAUGUUGAGUAUCACAUUGUCGUUGUUACUCGACUGGCAGCCUUCAAAUCAGCAAAGCACAAGCCUGGAGAUGUGGUUCAAUUUAUGGUUUCCAAGAAGUACAGCGAGAUUGAAGAGCUCUACCAGAGACUGACAGCACGAUAUCCACAGAUUUCUCUUCCACUACUGCCUAGAAAAGUUCUCUUCGUGGGGGAAUCUGACAUCUCUGAACGAAGAGCUAUGUUCAAUGAUAUAAUGAAAUUCAUCUCCAAAGAUGAGGAUCUAGCAACGAGUCCUGAGUUACUGGAAUUUUUAGGAACAAAAUCCUCCAGUGCCGUUGACUUCAAGGGUAAAAACGUGCCUGAUGACAGGGAGAAAGAAGAUGAAGAAAAUGAGGCAUUGGAUUUUUUCAAAGAGGAGAAGACACCUGACUUGAUCUCACAGCUUUUAUCAGUGGAAAAUGUCAAAAAAGGGGAGGAAAAAGAAGAGGGAGAUGAGGAGGAGGAGGAAAUUUUAGACCCUCUUGGUAUCAUGAGAACUAAAAAAACAAAGAAGACAUCUGCUCCUCCAGCCAAAGAAGGGAAGCCCAAAUUAACCAUUUUUGAAGAGGAGGUGGAUCCAAAUGAAGGACUCUUUGGCCCAGAAAAAGAUUUCUCAUCAAUUGAUCCCAGAAGAAAGAUGAAAGAGAAUCUGAAGCUAUUUGAAGACCCAGACCUCGGUGGGGUGGUGAGACUGGGUGACUCACUGCUGCUGCCAGCUGCCUCUGAGCACAGCAAGGAUGUGCUGAGCAGGGAUCCUGAGGAGGACACUGAGGAGCUGCUGAGAGUUGAAGAUGAUUUUGAAAAACUCUUAGAGGUUACCUCCAAAUCAAAACCUAAGGUCCCACCAAAACCACCUCUGCCUCAGAAGCCAGCAGUUGCCCCCAGGAGCACUAAUCCACCUUCACUGGCAAAGCAAAAGGAAAACAGGAUUCAGAUGAUGAAUGAAGUGGAUAUUCUCCAGUAUAUCCAGGAAAAUGAAUCUAUCAACAACCAGGAUACCAGUCUUUUUUGA